AACCACCUGGGAGACACAUCUCUGGGCGUGUCUGUGGGAGUUUUCUGAGAAUUUUAACCCAAGACUCAACCUGAAUGUAUCUGAUGUUAAUCAAUGGACUGGGGUCCUGAACGGAUGGAUUUAAAAGGAAAAAAGGAAAAAAGGAGAAGCCAGAGAAGUGCUUUUGCUGUGCCUUCUCCAACAUGAUGGGCUGUAUUCCCUUGGACUGUGAGGCAAAAUCCAUCCUGUCUUAAGGUUCUGGUUGGGUUUCUCACAAUGAUGAGAAAAAUGAAGAGGCAGUAACUGAGUUAAAUCAAGUUAAUUAGCUCUGUUUAGCCCAGAAAUCCUUAAAGUGUGACCACCUGAAAGGAUCCAGGGUGCUGUGUUGGCCCACCCCAAAGAACCCAGCCUUUGUGUUCGAGUAGCCCUGUGGUUGACCAUGGUAGAUGCUAGAGCAGAAGGAAGAGAUUCUUAAACACUUGGUUGCACGUGACUGAAAUUUGCAUUGCUGCUAUCAUAAUACCCAAUAUAUGUAUCUUAAGAAAACAACAGCUUGUUUAUGCUUAGGUUUCCUUGAUGUGGAGGUGUGCACCUCAGCGUGAGAGAAGCCGGGCAGGGAAAACUGCCCACCAUUCCUCAGAACAGACUGGCAGGAUGGAAUCAUGUCAGGUAUAAAAGCACGUGGCCCAGGCUAGCCUUGAACUUGUGAUCUUCCUGCUCCCAGCUCCUUCAGUCAAUCCUACUGGCACCAACUUCUUAGCAUUUCUUAAUCUGCGAGUUGACAAUGAAAGCUUGGGCUAUCAUGUAAGAAUGUUAGUAAGAGCUGAUCUGGAUAAAGGUUUUUAAGCCUUAAAACUCAUCGCUAAACUCAGCCGUUUCUUUGGUGUUGACACUCCAGGAGAUUUUCCUAUUUAUUUUUUGGUCUAUUUCUAUUUUUCUGAACCAGAACCACCCACUCCUUGCUUCUCUGUUUGAACGAGCAUCUUUUGACAGUCACCUAAUGAGCCCCCGUUGACACUCGGUAAGUGGUAAACAGUGUCAAUAACACAUGUCCACUUCUAGUCACACAAACCUCAUCAACGAGGCCUUAUCACAGGCUCUCACCUCUGGCUGAACAAUGAAAGGCUAAGAAGUGGCAUGGAUGCUAAGCUUACUAACAAGUCUGGGAGCUGUUUCUAUUGGUGCUGCACAAAGCCAGUCACCCACAGAAGGCACACUGCACCACCAGGCUGGUUGUCCUCUCCUCUCCCCAACGUAGAAAUGCUUUCAGAAACACGGACCGUUUGCAUGGAGAGAAAUCAAGCCACCAAGCUAGUCACCAAGCUAUUCACAAAACGUGGGCAGCAGAGAGCAGUGAGGAGCAGUGGGCUGGAGGGAUGUGAUUGAGAGAUGGUGCCUGCCGUUAGGACUUGGAUCUCGGUGGCCUGGUUUUCAAGCCCAGGUACUGAUCAAGGCUCUCUUUCCUCAGUUGCUUCAGGAAAAUGGGAAUUAUGUUGACAUUUUAAGAAGGUUCUUUUGGGCUGGCCAUGUGGCUCAGUGGUAGAAUACUUGAAGGUCUGGAUUCCACCCCAGCACAAGAAAAAGAAAAAAAAAUAUCAAGCAUUCUUUGUGGAGUAAGAAAUAUGUUGUACAAAGCAUCCGAUUAUAGGGCAGUGGGCUAGUUAUUACCAUGUGUCCUUGCAGCUGCACUGAUGUGGUGGCAUCGAUGCCCCACUGCUAUUUGAACAACCCAAUCAACCCAAAGUAAUUACUAAUUUCAAUUCAAUACUUAUUACUUGUUUAGGCUGGGGCUACAGGUCACUUACUAUACAUCAAACACUGGCUUUUGCUCUUUGCGACAUUGCCUCAUUUAAAUUAUUAUUUUCUUCCUUUUCUUUGAGACGGGGUCUUUUAACACAGACCAGGCUGCACCUGAACUGUUGGUUCUCCUGCCUCGUCCUUCUGAGCGCUGGGAAUCCAGGCGUGUGCCAGCACACAUAGAUCUUUCGUUUUUAAAGUCUUCUAAGAGAUGAGACAUUCCCCCUGAUUUACAUGUGAGAAUGCCAAAAUUUAGAGGAGUGAAAUUACUUUUAUAAAGACUAUUGUAUGUGUGACAGAGCUGAGAUGGAAACACAGGCUCCGUGGACCUAUAGCCUUUGGCAAAUGUGGAACUGAGACAUGUCUGUGGGACAAUGACCUGUGCCCCUUGGCAAGCAUGUGGUUAGAGUUAGUGGGAGUUAAGUUGGGACACGGAGGAAGCAUGGCUUGAUGGGGGCCAAAAGGACAUUUGGAAGUGACAAAGCAGAGUUUGACCAAGUAUGCAGGCAGUCAUGUGAUGGGUCAGGUUGUUAGAUAUAGUCUGUUAGGUGUGUGCGUGUGUGCGUGUGAGUGUGUGUGUGAGUGUGAGUGUGUGUGAGUGUGUGAGUGUGUGUGAGUAUGUGUGGAGUGUGUGUGAGUGUGUGUGAGUGUGUGUGAGUGUGUGCAUGUGUGUGUGAGUGUGUGUAUAUGAGUGUGUGUGAGUAUGUGUGUGUGAGUGUGUGUGAGUGUAAGUGUGUGUGUAUGUGAGUGUGUGAGUGUGUGUAUUUGAGUGUGUGUGAGUAUGUGUGUGAGUGUGUGUGUGAGUGUGUGUGAGUGCGUGUGUGAGUGUGUGUGUGUGUAAUCUCUUACCAUUAGACAUCUAACUGCAAGAGACUGAAGAGUCAGCUGGAACUGGCGAAUGGACAGGGAGUUACUACCUCACUAAACACAACACUCUGAUAGGGAAGGUUGCAGGACGCAUUUAGCUACCGGUCUGUCAUGAGGACUGGGUUAUUUCAUAGCCUUUCAUUCUGUUCUAAUCACAGUGCCCACAAUUUCCUCUCUGAGUGGCACAGGGGUUGAGGAAGCUGUCAGAAUUUCAUGUAGAAAACACAUGCCCAGCCAGCAUGUUUCCCCCUGUGUACCCGUGUCUACAGAGUCUAGGGGAAACAUUUUCUGGAAUCCCCAGCAAAUUGUCUUCAAGGUUCCAGCUAUUAGUUUUGGAGAUGUGGCCACAUACAGUCUAUAGCACAGGAAAGGAAUUAACUUCUCCCCGAAUCUGUAAGGGAUUGGUACUGAGAUUUCUCUUGGAUACUGUCUUAGUCAGUGUUCUGUUGCUAUCAAGAGGCACCAUGACCACAGCAACUCUUAUAAAAGGAAGCAUCUAAUUGGGGCUUGAUUAUAGUUUCAUAGGUUUAGUCCAUUACUAUCAUGGCAGGAAGCACAGUAACAAACAUGCUGGAGAGGAGCUGAGAGUUCUACAUCCAGAUCUGCAGGUAGCAGGAAGGAGUGAGGAACACUGGGCCUGACUUGAGCAUUAGAAACUCCAAAGCCCACCCAUAGUGACACACUCCCUUCAACCAGACCACAACUAAUGACCAAGCAUUCAAAUAUAUGAGCCUAUGGGGGCCAUUCCUACUCAAACCACAAGUUUUCAGAUACCCAAAUCCACAAGUUUUCAGGUCCCUCGUAUAAAAUAAUAUUGUAUUUUCAUAUCUUCUGCAAACUUCACAUUAUCUCUCAACUACUUAUAAUACCAAAUAGGAAAUACUGUGUAUGCAAUGGCUGUACUAUACUGCUGAGGUAACAAUAACAAGGAAGAAAAAGUCUACGCAUGGUCAGGUUGGAGGCAAGUGUUUUCCAAAUUAUUUUUAGUCCGCAGCUGUUAUAUUCACAAAUAUGAGACCUGUGGAUGAUAAGUAUGACAACUGCAGGAUGAUUAGCUUCAAUUAAGAAGCAGUAUUGCCUACUUGGACCUGAGCGAGGGGUCUUUUUCCCUAAAUGGUGUGUAUGUGCUGGGAGUUGUGGGGGACACAGGCUGCCAGAGCAAAACUGAGACUGAUAUCGAGAAAAAUGUAUAUGAUUCCUGUGUAUGUGUGUGUGGAGGAUGGGCUUCUGGGCAGAAGAGGAAGCUGUGUGUUCUAUGUGCGUGUACUAUGUGUGUAUAGUGUAUGUGUGUGUGUGUGUGUGUACUGUGUAUACUGUGUGUAUGUACUGUGUGUGGGUACUGUGUAUACUGCGUGUAUGUACUAUGUGUGUGUGUGCUGUGUAUACUGUGUGUAUGUACUGUGUGCAUGUACUGUGUGUGUGUACUGUGAAUACUGUGUGUAUGUACUGUGUGUGGGUACUGUGUAUACUGCGUGUAUGUACUAUGUGUGUGUGUGCUGUGUAUACUGUGUGUAUGUACUGUGUGCAUGUACUGUGUGUGUGUGUACUGUGUAUACUGUGUAUAUGUACUGUGUGUGGGUACUGUGUAUACUGCGUGUAUAUACUAUGUGUGUGUGCUGUGUAUACUGUGUGUAUGUACUGUGUGCAUGUACUGUGUGUGUGUGUGUACCGUGUAUACUGUGUGAAUGUACUGUGUGUGUGUACUGUGUAUACUGUGUGUGUGUACUGUGUAUACUGUGUGUGUGUACUGUGUAUACUGUGUGUAUGUAUUAUGUGUGUGUGUACUGUAUAUAUUGUGUGUUUGUACUAUGUGUGUGUACUGUGUAUUUUGUGUAUUUUGUGUGUGCUGUUUGUACUGUGUGUACCUAUAUUACUGUGUGUACUGUGUGUCUAUACUGUGUCUGUGAACCAUGUGUAUAUACUGUAUGCAUACUGUGUGUAUAUUAUGUGUACUGUGUGUAUGCUAUGUGUGUACUGUGUAUACUGUGUAUGUGCUGGGAGUUGGGGGGGGACACAGGCUGCCAGAGCAAAACUGAGACUGAUACCAAGAAAGAUGUAUGUGACCACUGUGUAUGUGAAUGUGUAGGAUGAGCCUCUGGACAGAAGAGGAUGCUAUGUAUUCUGUGUGUACUGUGUGUUGUGUGUGUACUGUGUAUUAUGUAUGUGUGUACUGUGUGUAUAUACUGUGUGUGUACUGUGUGUGUACUCUAUUACUGUGUGUACUGUGUGUGUGCUGUUUGUACUGUAUGUACCGUAUAUGUACUGUGUGUGUACUAUGUGUAUGUACUCUGUGUACAGUGUGUGGGGGCUAUGUAUGUACUGUGUAUAGUGUGUGUGUACUGUGUGUACCGUAUAUGUACUAUGUGUAUGUACUCUGUGUACUGUGUGUGUGGGCUAUGUUUCUACUGUGUAUAGUGUGUGUGUACUGUGUAUGUACUGUGAAUACACUGUGUUUAAUGUAGGUAUCUUGUGUAUACUGUGUGUACUAUGUGUGUAUACGGUGUGUACUAUGUAUAUGUACUGUGUGUAGUGUGUGUAUGUACUGUGUAUACUGUGUAUACACUGUGUGUAAUGUAUGUACCAUGUGCGUACUGUGUGUACCAUGUGUGUGUACUGUGUGUAGUGCGUAUGUACUGUGUGUACUGUAUAUACACUGUGUGUGUGUGCUGUGUGUGUACUGUGUAAUGUAUGUACCAUGUGUGUAUCGUGUGUACUAUCUGCCCUGAGGGCAAUGACAAGGUUUUCAUGCAAUUAAACUAAAACUAAUGAAUCUGCACUGAACUUCCCAAGCCAGAGGCCUCCCAACAUGUUGGUGCUUCUGGAGGACUCACCGCCGCCCUCUGUAAUUCAGACCUUCCUCCGUCGCUCUUUGGUUACUGUACAUUCUCUCUAACAGUUCCUGACAUUGUCCACAAGGCACUCGUUCUUUGCCUCUGUCCUCCCAAACACUCACUUCUCUAAAGAAAUACACUCAUGGCAUGAAAACAGGCUAGGAUGAUAACAUCCAUUCAGCCUUAAAUUGCCAUCUAGAAAGAGAAACAAAGCCACAAAGAUCGUUUGGGGGAAAGAGCGCUUUCCCCUAAAUGUUCCUGUAUUUUUAAUUCCUACUCAAAAAGCCCUGCUCUGUCUUAUAUUAAACAUCAGAUAAGCAGAAAACACGAUGCCCCUCCCUGCUUCCCUAGGGAUGGUCCCUGUGGUCAUCCCAGUCCCUGCUUCCCUGGCAGGCAGCAACCACGAUGGAGCCCAUCCCUGGCCCUCCGUUCACUGGGGUGGUGGCGGGGUGGGAAGAGCUUAAUACUAAACAGGGCAGCUCUGGUUCUGAAAUGGAUAGUGGCAGGGAGCCCGAGACUGAGGACAUAAACAAGCUGCAGGUCUUCAGAGACCUGCCAGGACUCUCUCAAACAGGAAGAGGACACUUGGAGUUGUCCUACUGACUCUCCGCCUCAGCUCUCGCUCAGAGGCGGAGAUGCGUGCAGCUGACUCCCAGGCAGCAAGCUGAGGCCGCUCGCUGUCUGAGACGUCAGCGUGUAAGGAGCAUGUCCCUAGACCCCAGAUAGCGCCUCCAUUUUCAGGACGGGGUGCGGUUAUAAAUGUCAAUCCUUUUCUGGGAGAUGAGUUAUUAGACACCAGUGGGCUUCUGGGAAAACUAAAAAGAAGCAAACAGGAAUGAAAGGGCUUAAGGAAAUGGGUGGUACUGGCUUCACUCGCUGUUGUCUCAGAGCUGUUUCCAAGCACCUUGCAUUCCAAGGCCCGUGCUCGGCUGGGACUUAGGAAUAUAUUGUUGAUAUAUAGAAAGAACUGGAACAAGUGUUUGAAAUUCUACUGUACUCAUGUUAGCAUGUGGGUCUCUCAAGUCUCAGAGUCUUUAUGGACUCAUGGAAAGCCAUCCCUGAGGUACGCAAGGGAGAUAGCAGGAAUGGAAUCCUUCUGUGGAACCUACAGCAAAGUGCGGCUGAUAGUCUGGCCACAUCAAGAAGCGUUUGACAGCGUUUGACCAGGAGUUUGUGGUGAUAAGAGUCAAGCCUGGGCUUAGAACUUGUUCUGCACCAAAGGGGUAGCCACCACACAGCGUAGGCUCAAAGAUACAAGGAACGUGCGUCAUGCUUUUUAGAGGCUUAGCGUAACCACAAAUCUAUAAGCUUAGCAGUUUAAAUAAUAAAUCAAAAGAACAUAAGAGGUCACAGGCAUCAUCUGAGAAACUAUGGUGCGUGCCGUGAUACUUUAGUGUCCCAAGUGGGUUCCACUGCAGAGAGGUCAAGGAGUCCACAGAGACUUCUGAAAGGAGAUGGGAUUUGGCAUGGGGGUUACAGAACAAAGACUCUGGGUAGAUGGGGGGGGGCUGAUAGCACCAGAGCUGUGUGUGAACAGGGCUGCCUCACUUGGGAGUCUCUGCCCACCUGUAUCUGUCUACUGUGCUCAUCUGCCUAGACAUCACUGUCCGUUUUUGCCUUUUCGCUUCUAAAAAUGUAUUCUUUUCAUUGUAUCUUUUUUUACACAGCUUUGUCUGAAUAUAACCAAACUACAAUAAGUCACAUGUAACACACACCCUGUAAUAGGUCUUGACCCGCAUUGAAGCCUGGAUAUCGCCGUAGUCAGUGUAGUAACUGUCUGUCCACCCCUGGAGAGUUAUAGCCUUGUCACAUAGGAAAGGCAGCUGCGUGGCCUCGGGAUACCCCCUCUCUGGGGCUCUAAAGAGUGACCCUUUUCCUUUCUCAGGGAAAGAACUACAGAACAUAGGUUUCACUUUCUUUUUCAGGAGGGAGGGGCUCUCUUUUCUCUUUCUCUUCCACUUCCUCUUUCUUUCUCCCUCUCUCCCUCUUUCUGCCUGCCUGUCUGUCUCUUGGAGAUAGGGUGGCUUUGAACUUGAAUCUGUCUGUUCCAUUCUUCUGAGCACGGGCACUGCAGGAGUGUGCCCCCACAACGCUCAGCCUCAGGCUUUAGUGAUGGCCACGCCAGCCGCCUUCACUGACAGUACUUGACAGGUGGACGUGUGCUCAGGCUGCUGAUCCUAAUGAGAAUCCCAGCAAGGGAACCCUGUGACCUUAAACCCAUUCCAGAGAAGGUAAGGCGAGCCUUAGACAGGUCAGACACUUGUCACCUAUGACAGUUGGUAGGUGGGGGUGCCACUGCUGCACCGCAAGUCAGCCUGCCUUAAAAUAGUGAUUUGUUUGGUUUCCUCAAAAUGUAUGUGUAUGCUUGUAUGUGUGCCUGACUGAGUAUGUGCACCACACACAUGUGCGUGUAGGAACCCAUGGAGGUCAGAAGAGAGAGUUGGCUCCCCUGGAACUGGGGUUAGAGGCUGCUGAAAACCAUCAUAAGAGGACUCUGGUCCUCUGCAAGAACUGAGUUCUCUCAGGUGCUGAGCAUUCCAGGGCCAGGAUCUGCCUGCCUGGCACCCAGGGAAGGAUCAGCUGGCUCCCCAUGGAAUCCUGACCAUGGGCACACACACACAUAGACACAGACACAGACACAGACACAGACACACACACACACACACACACAUGCGCAGACACAGACACACACAUGCGUGCAAUACACACACAUAGACACACACAUGCAUGUGCAGACACAAACACACACGUGCGUGCACAUACACACACAUGCACACACACAUGCACACACACAGACACAGAGAGAGACACACACACGCAUGCACAGACACAGACAUACACCUGCGUGCACAUACACACACACACACACACACACACACACACACACACACACACACUGGGAUAUUAUUUGGCCUUUAAUAGAAGAGGGGAUCGGAGUUGGGGAUUUAGCUCAGUAGUAGAGCGCUUGCCUAGCAAGCACAAGGCCCUGGGUUCGGUCCCCAGCUCUGGAGAAAAAGAAAAAAAAAUAGAAGAGGGGAUCACAGCCAUUCGUGUGAUGAACCUGGAUGUGUGAUGAACCUGGAGUAUAUUAUGCUAAGUGAAGUAAGCCAGAUGCAGAAGCCCAGAGGCUGCACAAUCUCACGUCUAUGUAUACUGUGACUGGCUGAGUCUAUACAACCAGAGGAGAAUAAUGGUCACCCAGGGCUGGGGAUUGUCAACUGCAUCUUCAAAAAGUCGAGGGGGGAAAUUUCGACCACUGCUUCUGCUUCCUAUAAAAGAGCCUUGGUGGGGACACUGUGACGGUCCUUCUGUCACUGCUGCCCUGAGGUCCCAAAGAAUCAUCCAGCCCUUCCUUAAAUGGAACCAGGAUGCCACGUGCAGAAGAAAGGCAGCCUAGAUAGAGGACAAUAGGCACCUCCUGCAGUCCGUGCUUCCUUCUAGACGAUUCCUCGAUUCCGUGCUUGAGAACCAGGACUCUGCUGAGGCUGCUGUAUAAAUGUCCUGUCAGCCUGUUUAUCCUCACAGGGCAGUUUCUUGGCUACCCCAGCACUGUUAAUUGCCCUCAGCCCAGGAGCCUUUGAAGGGAUAAAAGCCAGAUUGCAGACACACACUAGUGUUUAUCACGCACGUCUUUCCUGGGGGUCCCUGUCCCAGGAAGGGGCAGGUCCUUUUCUUCCUGUGCCAACUCUGCUGCCUGGGGUUGCCUUGUGCCCCUCCGCCAGCUGCCCUUGAACUGAGCUUCUGAUUCACAGAAGAUAGCUCAUUCUAGCAGGAAGCAGCAUCUCAGGAUGUGAGAUGCUGAAAUGGAUUUUUUUCGUCACCUGUGUGUUUCCGUGUCACAGCUUUCUCUCCUGUGUGUAACCUUUCUUCAUCCGAGUACUGUGCACAGAAGUACCCCACAAAGGCUCUUCAGAGUUUGUAUUUGUAAAGCGCUGAGUUGAUGGAGACUCUGCACAGGAAAACACCACCCGUGCAAGCACGGCAAGAAUGCUCGAAACAACUUGAAGUUUCUAAAGAGAUGCAAUGAAAUGUGGGUGCUCAAGAGAGGGCGAGAAGGCACCCCCAUUCAGGAGCAUCAGGGGCUGUGUGUGAACUCAACAAGUGUCUGGUUACAUCAUUUCACCUUCAAAAUAUAGCAGGUGCUGUCAGUGCUGCCCGUAUAUGCUUGGGUGUGGGACCAAGCCAUGUGAACAUGAAAUCCUACCUGUAGCCACAUUGUCCCCAGCCGCUAUCAACUGCCAACAACUCUUCAGAUAGGGGUGGAGUCUGGAGACCACCUAUCCAUGAUCCCAGCAUUUGGCUGGCUUGAUUUCGUGGAGAUCUUGUGCAGGGGGUCAACUCCUAGAACAAGGUUGAGGACAAAGCCUUCCUGGGCUUAUGCAGCCAAUGGCCUUGCAGCAAAACACCCCAUGAGCUCAAAAGAGGCAUCGAAGGAAUGUGGACUGUGACUCAAGAAAGGGAGCGCAGAAUUCUGCUGAAAGGAAAAUACAACAUCCCAGCACCCUGGCCUGGAUUCCCAAGUAAACAAGCUGGACAGAAAGUAGCUCACAGAGGGAGUGUGGCGACAGACAAGACCCCAGAGCCGUUAGGGGAUUCCGAGGGAGCAGGAGCAAAGCCACUUCAGGGAUGAGGCCUGGGUCAAUUCCUAUCAACCCAGUAGCAAAGAUAACUCAGUGAAUACAGCACUGUGUGAGCUCAUGGGGGCCGGGAAAGGCAAGAGUCCUUUGAUCCCUGACAACUAAGGAACCAUUUGUUGACCUCCAAUACAACAAUGACCCACAUCACAGGCACACACAUGUCAUGCAAUGUCCUUUGUUUGCCUGGUUCUUUUCCAGUGGGUCUGCUUGUCCCCUCCCUAUGUGUUUUCUAGAAAGACUUCAUUGUUUUUCUGGUGGAGUAUAGGAAAGGGUGCUGUGAGCUGAUUAAGACAGUGGUGAGCUUCUGGGAGCUGGUGAAAACGACGCUGAGUCUUUGAGAGCUGGUCGAGACAAUGCUAGUCUGGAUACCAAAAGAUCACAAAUGGUAAAGGCCUUUCCUAGUUAGGGAUUGUUUAGUCAUGAGAACUGAAAUCCAUUUCAGCUGGUGGAGACUUUUUGGUGAUGGGAAGAGAAGGGCAUAUUUCUGGAACCACACACAGAAGCAUCUCAUAUACCUGGGGGUGAGGACCCAGCCGGCUUCAGAAGGCCUGGGACAGGAACCCUGGGACUGAGCCCCCUCUGCAGGCUCGUCUCUGCAUAGCUACCUCAGCCUGUUCUCCCUUGCAAGCUGGCUUCCUUACUUUUACACGUCCAUACAGACCUGCUCUUGUUUCUUAUGGGUCCAGUUCUCAGGAAACAUUGACUGACUCCUGGACUCCAACUUCCUGUGGACAGACAUGGCACACCACGUUAUCUCAGAAUAGGUAGGACCAAAGGAUUCUCACAAACUAGUCCUGGAGGUUUUUGGAAAGGAAGCUGUAGGUGAAGGCCUUGUGAUGUUAUUCUUGGGGAUACAUGAACAAACUUCCCAGACAGGGAAGCAGCAACCGGUCAAAGCGAGGGUACCACCAAAGACCAACCUAGCAAAUCAGUGGGCUUUAUUUAUAAGUAGCCAGUGAGUUACUCAUAGGAGUAUGGGUAAGGAACUGUCUACAGGAACAGAAAUGACUCUCCGAGGUAUCACCAAAGCCCCGCUCCAGCAUGGGCAACCAUCCACCAAAGCUGGGAAAGCAGGAGCACACUGUACAGCCUGCAAGCAGAUCAACAGGUUGGACAGUGUCCUCUCUGGGUGGGCUCAGUCUGUGUGAGCCUCUUCCAGGCCACUCAGACGGGUUUCUGCUUCUUCUAGACAAUGUCACAUAAUGUCCUUCCUCGCAUGGUUCUUUUCUCAGCUGGUCUCCGUUUCUUUUGGUUGGUCAGCUCAGUUUGAGAAGAUCUCUCACCCAUCUUGGCUGCUUACACACACUCGGGGACAGCGGGGCCUGGAGAAUCUGGUCAGUUUCAGUGACUUCCUGAAGCUAUUGAGUUAUUUACUUCCCGAGCUUAAAGAGCUUUGCUGGAGGGCAGAAUGUCUAAUCUCCUUCCAACAGUUCGUUGUCUCUCUUCUUCUGGAACAUCCUGAGUCUUAAGAAGCUUCCCUCCCAGAUGGGAAGUUUUAAUCUUUGAAGAAACUGCUACACAACAGAGGUCUUUCUGGGACUCCAUUCCGGAAAAUGCUUAUCGAACAGCUCUCACUAAAGGAAAUCUUGAGUGAGAAACAAACUCAGCGCUAUUGAUCAGAAUACACGUUGGCACUCGAGCGCAAACUGAGCUUCAAAAUAGUGCAUCCUCCCUCUUACUAAGAAGCUCUUGGCAGUUGGUAGAGGCAGAUGAGGAAACAUUCAGUUGGGGGAGAUGUGGUCAUUGGGAAGAUUCCUGUGUUCCAGGAUGGCACAUGUGGGCAACAUUAGUUAGAGCUAAUGGGUCAUUUAAGAAAACGAUAUGAUGAGGGUGGUUGUUGUAGUCCCAGGAUUUGGGGGGCCUUGGAAGAUGAAAGUUGGGGUUAGAUAUGAAAAUCUGUAUAAAAUUCUCAAGAAUAAAGAAACAUCUUCAAAAAAUGGUUGUUUUAUUUCCACUGCAUAUUAAGGUUGUAGCAUCAACGGUCUAGCUACAGCAACUUCUCAGUGGCAGAUCUAUAGUACACAAUGGCUCCCAUGGUCUCCUGGCACUCGUGACUUGCAUACUCAAUUCUUUUUGGGUGGGAUAAGAUGCCUUGCCCUAACACACACACACACACACACACACACACACACACACACACACACACUGUAGCAUAUGGCUGAGGUUUCUGGUCGGUCUCAGGUAAGGGGAUGUUACUUCUGAGGUGGCAUUCAUGUGGCAAAGAACGCAUGACUGGGACCAACAGUCGACUGAG